AUGGCGGCAAUGGCAAAUCUUGCGAACAACAUGGAGGCGAAUGCUGCUAUGACUUUGCAAGCUGCACAGAGGUUAGGCCAACCGACGAGGAAUGGAGACGGAAAUGGUGAUGACUUGGGAGGUCCUCCGAUGAUCCUAGCUACAUUUCUGAAAGUUCACCCACCGACUUUCAGAGGAUCGACCAAUCCAACGGAAGCUGAUAACUGGUUCCAAGCUAUGGAGUGCGCACUGCAAGCACAGCAUGCCCCGAACAACCAAUACAUGGAGUUUGCUGCUUAUCAGCUUCUGGAAGAGGCCCACCGAUUUGAGGAACUCUAUAGGUUCUCUAGGGCGUGUCAGGGUGCCCUGGAGACCUAUGAAAGUUGGAAGUGUGUCCAGUAUCAAAGGGGCUUGAAGGAUGACAUCAUAACUGCUGUAGCUCCUAUGGAGAUUCGGAUUUUCUCCGAUCUGGUGAACAAGGCAAGAGUGGUUGAGGAAUAUACAAAGACGGUAGCCUCGUCAAAGGGCACUCAUGGAGAAAAUACUAGUAGAGAAUGCGACGAUUACCUUGGGCCGAGGGGACAGAACUUCAAAAGAUAUGAUGAAGGGAAGCUGUCAAGAGCUUACUCCCCUGAUAUGAAAUGUCAGGAGUAUGGGAGCUACCAUCCGAAUAGGCCAUGCCAGUUGGGUAAGAAACUAUGUUACAAGUGUGGCGCACCGGGACAUUUGGUUAGAGAUUAUCCACACCGAGGAACACGUGAGGCGGAUAGAUCACAACAACAGGGUUGA